UGCGUCGGCCUUACUCUCUUCCGGUCCGCUUUUUUUUGGGGUCCGAAAUCUUCGUUCGUGUUUGGAAGUCUGGAGCGGUGGGCAUUCUUUUGGACUGCCUGAAAUCUCCACGUAGCAGGAUGUCUGUGACAUUGCACACAGAUGUAGGCGACAUUAAAAUAGAAGUCUUCUGUGAACGGACACCCAAGUCAUGUGAAAAUUUCUUGGCUCUUUGUGCUAGUAAUUACUACAAUGGGUGUAUAUUUCAUAGAAAUAUCAAGGGUUUCAUGGUACAAACAGGUGAUCCAACAGGUUCUGGGAAAGGAGGCAACAGUAUCUGGGGCAGGAAAUUUGAAGAUGAAUACAGUGAAUACCUUAAGCACAAUGUUCGAGGAGUUGUAUCUAUGGCUAAUAAUGGCCCAAACACCAAUGGAUCACAGUUCUUUAUUACGUAUGGCAAGCAACCUCAUUUGGACAUGAAGUACACAGUAUUUGGAAAGGUAAUAGAUGGCCUAGAGACUUUGGAUGAACUAGAGAAGCUGCCAGUAAAUGAAAAGACUUUUCGGCCUCUUAAUGAUGUACACAUUAAGGAUAUUACCAUUCAUGCCAACCCUUUUGCUCUUUAACUGUAAUGUAUUGGACAAAAUUUUGUCAAGAUCAAUAUAGGAAACACCUCGUUCUUGUUCACUGCUUCAUUAUGCCACAGACUACAUCUUUCUACUUGUUUACCAAUAAGGACUUAAGACUAUUGGUUUUGCCUAAGGAGGGAGAGUAUGGGCGCUUCAAGCCAACUGUGAAAAGCCUGUCCACUACGAAAUGAUGGAAAGAAAUAAAGCUGAACCAGAACAGCGCCAACACCCCAUGGCCCUGUGCUUAUUACUUUUCUCUCUAGCAAAUAUUUAUGAAAAUUCAUACAUGUAUUAAUGGCUUCCUUCAUGGAAGUAUGUAAAAGAACAAGUCUAGUUUUCAGAAGUGACAUACUACAGAAAAUGAUAUCUUCACAGUAAUAAUAAAGUGUGAUGUUGGAUUUGUUACUUUUUUAAAAAACAAAAUAAAACAUGUAUAACUUGGAAA